AUUGCCAGCUGAUAAGUUUUACGUUCCUUAUCCCGUUUUAUUAUGAAAAGUAGUGAUUACUGUCCAUAAUUCUCAAUAAUGCAAAAGUGUAUUAGCUGUCCUCUGAUAAAGUUAGCUCUUCAUGAUUAAGUCGCUGAACCGAUUUAGAUUAAAUUUGAUAUAGAGAUAGUAUGAAUCCCCGGAGAGGACAUAGUUAUAUUAAUUCUGACGUGAUUCUCUCAACUUAAAACUAAAUUUAACAUCAGUCUCUCCAUUUCAUUCUGUGUAGAGAAUGCCAGGGGUACGCUGUUGUUAAAUUUAGUUUUAAUUAUAGAAAAUCAUUCCAGAAUAGACACCAUUAAUAGGUAUUAUAGGUUAAAUUAUGUCUCAGGAAUAAUUCAGUAAGGAAGUGAAGAGAGGGCUUGACUUAAAUUUUCUAUGGGCAACUAAUUAAAUUAUGCAGACGAACUCUCGAGCACCUGCUAGUUAGUUAUGAUUCUUGAUAGUAGUAAAUAUUUUCAAUGUAGUAUUAGUAUCUACUAUAUGAUAGUUGCUUGCGAAAACAAUAAGAAUAGGUAUUCAGUUAUUAGAAAAAUAGUAUGAGAGAUGUAACGAAACGUAAUAAUAUGGCGGGAAGAAUUAAAAACUUAUCUAAUGUUUUACAGUUUCAUAUUUUUUUAAAAAGGUUGUUUAUUUUAAGUAGCUUAGUUAAUUACUAUUUCAUAGACAUCAUUCUAAUAAUCACACGUAGUUAGUGUGACAGAUAGACACUUUGGUUCUGUUAAAGUUACGUUACCACCACGUUACCAUGGUAUUAUGAAGAGAAACAUUACCGAGGUUGUCCUCUUUUUUUUAGGAAGCUUCAUGGAUAAAAAUUAAUUGUUAUUUAGAAUAAAUAAUAAGCAACAUGAUAGACUGCCCACCGGGAUCUCGCAGUUGGCUGCUCCACGCGCGGUAUGUGCGCGGAGAACACACAGAUUGCUUGGAGUUAGCUGAUGAUCUGCAACGCGCCACUCAGAACAACCACAAAUAUGCGUAUUUCGUUAAGGGUUUAGUACUCAUGGAUGCAGGAAAGUACCAGGAGGCGUUGGAGCGAUUCCACAGCUGCAUCAGACUACAACCGCAAGACCCUGAACCUUUGAAGCAAGUUGCCAAGUGCCUGUUCCACCAAAAUCGCUACCAGUUAUCAUUGGAAGCUUACCUGGAAGCUGAUAAAUUGAGUAAACACCCGGACCCUGAAAUAUAUUGCGCUUUAGCGGAGUGUGCAUGCCAGCUCGGCGACUUGGCGCGGGGGGCGGAGUGGGCGCGCGCGGGGGUGCAGGCGGGGGGCGGGGAGCGCGCCGCCUCGCUGCAGGCGCGGCUGCUGCUGGCCGCGGGGGACAUCGGCGCGGCACUCGCGGCCUACGAUCAGGCACUCGCUAGCGACGCGUGCGGAGCAGACACUUUAGCAGCCGCUGGGGCAUUAAGACUAAGGGCUGGCGAUCCUCGACGCGCCUUCCAGCUACUAGGGGCUGCAUUAGCCCAGCAACCUACCCAGCACGCGGCAGCCCUAGCGCUGGCUGCUAUGAUGAUGCAGCACCGCGAUCUAGACGCAGCCCUGGCCAGACUGAAAGCGGCUUUAACUGCCCAUCCUACUUGUGUGGCUGCUCAUGCUAACUUGGGGUUAGCGCUGAUGGCUAAGAAGAAGUAUGUUGCGGCAUUAACUUGCCUCCAGCGGGCAGCCAGUGCAGCCCCUUUAAGCUGGAGGGCGGCACAUGACUUGGGGCUAGCGUUACUGGUGUGCCGCCGCCCAGCCUCCGCCUUCUGUCGACUGGCGGCAGCUGCGGCGCUGCAUCCCUCACAACCAUACACGGUCUUGCUCAUCGGUGUAGUGUUAGAGCGGUUGGGCGAUAAUCGCGCAGAUUCCGCGUACACUCGAGCCGCAGCCUUAGCCCCUGGAGACGCCUUGAUCAGGCUCAACCUGGCUGGUAGGCACGCUAGAGCUGAUCGACUAAUGGAAGCUGUAGAAGAAGCUGCUGCUACAGCCACCCUGCUGCAGAAAGAAGAAAAGCCAGACCCUCAUUUGGCGAGCAUGUUGGCCACUUUACUGGCCCAACUUCGUGCCGCGGGAGUGGAGUUAUCCCGAUUACCAACCGACAUACCGGCGGCUGACGUAGCUCUCGUUGAUACUGCAGCCACACCUGAAGAAGACAUGGCAGCCGAUGAGGUUUAGAAAGAGGAACGCUCUGCUAAACUAAUCGUUUUACCGCCCAUCGUGAUCGGCUACGAGGACAUCGACUUCAGAAAUUACGACUACGAUGACGCAACGAAAAAACCAAAGAAAAAACCGAAGAAAGAAAAAACGAAAGACGGAGAAAUGAACUUAUUAGAAUAGCAUCCUAGAAACAUAAAUAUAAAUAAGCUAACCAAACAUCAGUUCAUUGUUUUAGUUUCCAAACAUAGUACCACAUAUAACUAACAUAUUGUACCUAG